AUGAAGGUCCUUACAGCAAAUUUUAUAUCCUGUGCAGUGAAAAGUUGCAAAGCCUCCCCGUCCUCGUUCCCUCUACACUUCCAUGAUGCAGAACUUGAGCAGCAAGAAGUCAAGUUCUCGCCACAGUUCCUUUGCAAUAUCUUACCGCGAAUUGACUGGGAUGCACUCCGCAUAACUGCAAAUGAACUAGGAUUUGCGACUCUGGCUGAUACAAAACCAGAAAAUGACCACUUAAACAACGAACAAAUGCUGCGAGACCUACACCGACUUCUGCUUGAAACCUCUGUUAUUGAGGUUUGA